GCCUUUCUAUGAACCUGAAUAAUGACUGUGUUGUUACCUUAAUUCAUUUUCUCCACUCGUUUAAAACGAGCAGAGCAUUUAUUUCAUUGCUACUAUUACGUUAGAAACGUGGCAUAUGUUUACGAGUUUGUCAUAUUAUACCUACAGCAUCAUUAUCAUUAAUGACCACAUCACCUGUGCAUUCAACGUGCUAGUUUUAGCCAACCCUAUGUUUACAUGAUGUUUAAAGUUGUUGCUCCCCGACCAUCCUACUGGUCCCCGCAGUCCACACACUCAAAAGUCUACAUAGGCAGGCAAAACACGUGUGAACAGAAAAAAAUUGUGCAACUAAACUCCAGAGAGGCAGAGAGAAUGCUGUUACUUUUCUUGUUGCCACUGUGGUCUUUCAGAAAUCCACGGUGAGAGCUGACAUUCACCGCUGGGCUGAGAAGACUGCAGCAGGGACCACACCUCUCCUUCAAGUGGACUUCUCUGCAAUUUGGAUACGAUUUGGAACUGGCAAACUUUUUAUUUUUGCGUUUAAAAGGAAUGAACUUCGAGAACACCUAACGUGGAUGCUCUGCUGCGUGAAGUUGAGGAAGUCCCUUCUUUUGGACUAAAUUUUAAGAACUUUUUAGUAUUUUUUCUGACAGACACGACGUUAAAGCUAAAAUGGAUCAAGCCAGUGGCGGGGAGGACCCGAGCAAACCCUCAAAAAAGAAGUACACUGAGGAUGAGGGUAAAAACAAAAAGCUGAACAUACACAUAAAAACAUUGGCUGACGAUAUGCGAGAUCGUAUCACAAGUUUCAGGAAAACAGGAGGGAAGAAGGAGAAACCUCUUAUCCAACACCCAACGGAUUCCAGCUCUGGCCAAGCUGAACUGCCCAUCCCGCAGCCGUUUUUCGACGAGAGAUCCAUGAACCUCUCAGAAAAAGAAAUCAAUGACCUUUUUGAGAAGAUGAUGGAGGACAUGAACCUGAAUGAAGAACGUAAAGCUCCUCUGCGUGGAAAAGACUUGAACACCAAACGUGAGAUGGUGGUCCAGUACAUCUCAGCCACAGCCAAAUCUGGUGGACUCAGGAACAGCAAACAUGAGAGUACACUGUCUUCCCAGGAAUAUGUCCACGAACUUCGGUCUGGAAUCACAGAGGAAAAGCUGCUCAACUGCCUGGAAUCCCUCAGGGUGUCUCUCACUAGUAACCCUGUUAGUUGGGUUAAUAACUUUGGACAUGAGGGUCUCGGCCUUCUUCUGGAUGCGCUGGAGAAGCUGCUGGACAAAAAACAGCAAGAAAAUAUUGAUAAACGGAAUCAGCAUAAACUGAUUCAGUGCUUGAAGGCAUUCAUGAACAAUAAGUUUGGACUGCAAAAGAUCUUGGGAGACGAGCGGAGCUUGUUGCUGUUGGCAAGAGCGAUCGAUCCCAAACAGACAAACAUGAUGACAGAGAUAGUCAAAAUUCUCUCAGCUAUCUGUAUUAUUGGAGAAGAAAACAUCCUGGAUAAGAUUCUGGCUGCUAUGACUAUUGCUGCAGAGAGGAACAAUAAAGAGAGGUUUGCUCCAAUUGUGGAGGGACUGGAGAACCAUGAGGCCCAGCAGCUCCAGGUUGCGUGCAUGCAGCUGAUCAACGCUCUUGUCACCUCCCCUGAUGACCUGGACUUCCGGAUACAUCUGCGCAACGAGUUUUUAAGAUGUGGCCUAAAGAAGAUCCUUCCUGAGAUAAAAGAGACGGAGGAGCUCGACAUCCAGCUGAGGGUGUUUAAUGAGAACAAGGAGGAAGAUGCUAUCGAACUCUCCCAUCGCCUGGAAGACAUCCGCGCCGAGAUGGAUGAUAUGAGCGAGGUGUACCAUCUCCUGUCAAAUAUGGUGAAAGACACUGCCUCGGAGCCCUAUUUUCUGUCAAUCCUGCAGCACCUAUUGCUUAUCAGGAAUGACUAUUACAUCAGGCCUCAGUACUACAAGGUGAUAGAGGAAUGUGUGGCCCAGGUGGUUCUGCAUCGCAGUGGGAUGGACCCCGACUUUGGCUACAGUAAAAGACUGGAUGUGGACUUCAGCCAACUUAUUGAUCAGUGUGUGGACAAAGCCAAAGUUGAAGAGAGUGAGCAGAAGGCUGCAGAAUUUUCCAAAAAGUUUGAUGAGGAGUUUGGUGCUCGGCAGGAGGCUCAAGCAGAGUCUCAAAAGAAAGAGGAAAGAAUCAAGGAACUGGAGGAGAAGAUUCAGAGCCUGGAGUCUCGGUUAGCUAUAGAAAAAGACAAGCUCAAAGAGGCUCAGAGACUCAUCAGGGAAUCUGAAGCCAAGGUUGCUGCAGGUCCUGCUGCAACUGGAGCACCACCCCCACCACCUCUACCAGGGGGUCCAGUACCUCCGCCUCCUCCACCUCCCCCUCCUGGUGGCGGCCCACCACCCCCUCCACCUCCACCUCCUGUCCCUGCCCAUGCUGGGAUUCCACCGCCACCUCCUCCACCCCCGGGUGGAGGACCUCCACCACCACCACCCCCUCCAGGUUGUGGGCCUCCACCUCCUCCGCCUUCUUUUGGGGGUCCUGGAGGUCCCCCACCUCCUCCUUCACUGCCGGUUGUAAAGCUGCCUUAUGGACUGCAGCCUAAGAAGGUCUACAAGCCUGAGACUGUGAUGAAGAGGGUCAACUGGACGAAGAUAGUGCCUCAGGAAAUGGCGGAGAAUUGCUUCUGGAUCAAAGUCAAAGAAGAGAAGUUUGAAAAUCCUGACCUAUUUGCCCAGCUCUCCCUCUACUUCUCGUCACAGAGUAAAGUAAGAAAAGAUGUCAACGACGAACCUGAUAACAGAGCCCUGCAGUUCAAGAAAAAGACAAAAGAACUUCGUAUCUUGGACGCCAAGACUGCUCAGAAUCUUUCUAUUUUCCUGGGCUCCUUCCGCCUGCCCUACGAGGAGAUCCGUGACAUUGUGCUACAGGUAGACGAGGAAAGACUGAGCGAGUCACUCAUCCAGAACCUGAUAAAGAACCUGCCUGAGCAGAAGGAGCUGAGUGCUCUUGCGGAGCUGAAGAGUGAAUAUGAAGAGCUGGUGGAGUCAGAGCAGUUUGGCAUUGUGAUGAGUUCAGUGAAGCUUCUACGACCACGACUCAAUGGUAUUCUGUUCAAGCUGACGUUUGAGGAGCAGGUGAAUAACAUCCGGCCUGACAUCAUGAAUGUGACUUUUGCCUGUGAAGAGGUGAAGAAGAGCGAAGGCUUCUGUAAAAUCCUGGAGCUCGUGUUGAUGGUUGGCAAUUACAUGAAUGCCGGCUCGAGGAACGCGCAGACAUUCGGCUUCAACAUCAGCUUCCUGUGCAAGCUACGAGACACUAAAUCAAUCGGUCACAACAUGACACUGCUUCAUUUUCUGGCUGAGAAGUGUGAAGAUAAUUAUCCAGAGAUACUGAGGUUUCCAGACGAACUUGAGCAUGUGGAGAGUGCCAGCAAAGUGGCUGCUGAAAUCUUGAAGAGUAGUCUGAGCACCAUGGAGCGUCACAUCCAGAGGCUCGAGAAUGAUAUAGGAAACUUCCCCAAAACAGAUGACCCACAAGAUAAGUUUGUGGAAAAGAUGUCUGGCUUCUGUAAACAUGCUCGGGAGCAGUAUGAAAAACUUUCCACCAUGCACAAAAACAUGCAGAAGCUCUUUGAGAGCAUCGGCAGUUACUUUGCAUUUGACCCCCACUCGGUCAGCGUGGAGGAUUUCUUCGGAGAGCUGGCCAACUUCCGCAUCCUGUUCUCGGAAGCGGUGAAGGAGAACCACAAGAAGAGGGAGAUGGAGGAGAAGAUCAAGAGAGCCAAGCUGGCGAAGGAGAAAGCAGAGCGCGAGAAGCAGGAGCGCCAGCAGAAGAAGAAGCAGCUGAUUGACAUGAACAAAGAGGGAGAUGAAACUGGUGUGAUGGAUAGCCUAAUGGAGGCCCUACAGUCUGGAGCAGCUUUCCGGGAUCGCCGAAAACGGACACCGCGCAAUGGUGAUCAAAGCCCUUCAAGUCCAGUUUCUCGGUGGCCGGGUGCUAACUAUGGUAACAGAACUCUAGACAACCGCCGCGCAGUCCUGGAAAGGUCUCGUUCACGCCACAACACAAGUCACCAAGCUCGAUGAUCGCCCACGCCUACCACAAGACGCUAGAUAAGUGCCAAAGAGGCCUGCGAUGAGGAGGAUGAGGAAGACAACCGAUGGAGGGGCAUACCACCUCUCACUGUGGCGCACACACACACACACACACACACACACACACACACACACACACAAAGUAAAACCCUAAACAGUGUUUAUCAGGCACUUUACAUAUGUAUUCAUGAUGAUUUCAUUGUCUUCUCACAGCUACUUGUCUACACAGGACAUGUUUUAAGGAUUCAAACCUGUUUUUCUUGCUUUUACAAACAAACACGCUACACUUCACACACUCGACAUGAGACUUUUACUGAAAACAGACAUUUUGACUAGAAGGACGUGAAAAUACCACACGCUCUCACGGAGGAACGCGGGCAGCUGUCCUUUAAAAGGAAGCCGUGUCAGCAAGUCCCCACCGAAGAGACAGCAGCUUGUUAAAGUUUGCUUCCUGUCCGUCUCAAACGCCACGUUCAGUGAUAAUCAUGUCUUCUGACAAAGCCACGCAACACGGCGGCUGUCUGCAGAGAUGUUACAGACCAUGUGACUUAUGGAUGUGAAGCUGCAAGAGGCUCUCCUUUUUGAUGAGGUGCAUUUUACUUUUUGAUGUAUAAUAUCUCACCGCCGCCUUCGGGUGCUGAUCCUGAGGUCACUUUUGCUGUUAAUAUGCACAGACUUACAUUUUUAAAUGAGUCUAACACUCCAGAGGGACUUCCACGAACUCCCAGACAUCUCCUCAGAUCAUACAGGUUCUCAGUCAGGGUCACCUCAAUUUACAAACGGUAGUACAACUUCUUCAGGACGCUUUUUGAACAUGAAGGCUCUAAAAGAAUAGAACGAUUGAGAACAGAGGUUGUUCAUCUCCCGCUGGGCUCUUAAAAUAUGCAGCGAUUAUACCGAUAGGAAUACAGGAGUUGUUUUAGCGCAUACUAACCAAGAUUAGCCAUGUUAUUAUCGGAUAUAUUAGGAAUCAUAAUUUAAUCCCACAUGUACUGAUUAUUAGAGGAAAGAAACAGAUUUUAAAUCAUCAGGAAACUUCUGUGGGAUCAAUGACACCGUCGUGGUGUAACAUAGGUUUUAUUCAUGUAUUCGGGGUAAAGGCGUCUGUAUUCCUCUCUUUUCCUAACUGCAAGCAGGUGCUACUAAAAACAACCGUUAAAUGCACACAGAGACGGGGCGUGACCAGAAUUACUGACUGAGCGUCACAGAUGGGACGUAACUCGUCCUAAAGCCGCCGAGCGCCUUCCAAUUCCCCAGCAUUAAUGGCAUAAGUGACCCUUUUACUAUAAAACAAGUAACUUUACUAACACCAGAACUUUGCUUUGGGCUGUGUGUGUUUCUCUUUGGGACGAGCGAGCCGCGUGUGCGCUUCAUGCCAGCUCAGUAAUCAGAACAGGAACCGGGGGAAAAUGGGAUUCAGCGUGCUUGACUCCCGGGCUGAAUAGAUGGAGAUUUUUCAUUUAAACAAUCUGCCAGCGCUGCUUGUGACGUGUCUGUUUCACAAAGCCCCCUUCACACACACACACACACACACACACACACACACACACACACACACUCUUCCCUCACAGCCUGCAUGCUUCUAAAAAUGCAAUUUUACACAUCAUCUCGGUUCAAGGUGCACCCACAAUGCUCGGAGAAGUCUGCAUAUUUAAGAAGACAAUAACUCUCCUCUGACUAUGGGCUCUAGCAGUCACAGAGAGGAGGCAUUGAGAAUGAGUUUUCUGGAUAAGGGACUCUGCGCUGACGGGAGUGUUAAGGACGUGUUGAACACAGCAGAGAUGGAGAUGUUUUGUCAAAGGAAGUGAUUUCCUCUCUGUAAUCGCUCCUCGCCCUCUGUUCUUCACAACAACUCACCUGUACCAUUCCAAGCAUCAAAGAGUUUUUGUUUUAUUCAUCAGUGCAGCAAGUUCAGUCCUUUCUCCUUUUCUGAUUGGACUCUGUUCAUAUUUUAGUGUCUUUCUGAUUAAUUUAACUCAAAUUUUGUUUAUUAUUUAAACAAUGUGUCGACUUUUUUUUUGUUCAAUUACAAGAAAGAUUGUACAGACAUGCGGGCUGUUUAAAAGCGUGUUUUGGUUGCUCUUGAGGAUAGUUAAACGUAGGAGAUUUGUUGUGAAUGUGAUGGUCGUGUAUGUAUCAGCUGAAACAGCUGAACUUUUUUUCUUUAGAAUUAGGUUAGAUGGUGUAAAAAAAAGUCAUCAACUUGUCAUUUUAGACUGAGCUACAAGUGUUAGCCACUGUAGAAGUUUCAGAUCAUAAUUCUUGCGUAAAUCCAUCAAGAAUCAAACUAAAAAACGAAAUCUGACUAAUAAUUGGAAAAUUCAAAGCUCUGUGUAGUUUUACUGAUGAGAGACUUCUACAAUGGAACCUCAUUGUCUCUGUGAUUGUUGUAUUAGUCCAGCUUCCAUCUUUUAGGAGUUUUGUGUGUUUUUAAUAGGGAAUAGCAGCGAGAGAUCCCGAGGGUCGGCCAGCCUGUUCUGAUCCAUCCUAAUUGUGUGAAAAUCAGCCCUUCGUCCUUCUUCUCGUUACUAACAAACCUCAGCUGAUGACAUGACCUUACGCGAGUGAGGAGCCAGGGGUGUGAGGUGUAAAGGUGCCAUUUCUGUGGUCACCAGUGGCGAGCGCUUCGACUUAAUUAAAAGUUCCUACCGUUACUCACGCUCACAGACCGUGCACUUUACCUCACACGAUAUUCAGCUCAGACAGAGAGUCUUUCUUUCUAAAUGUCUAAAUGCAACAUUUCCACUAAUAGAGUCAAGUAUUUGCAAAGAGCAUCUAUUAGUAAACACCAACCAGCUGCCACAUAUCCAGUUCGCGCUUCCUUCAGUGGUGUUUGCUGCUGAUGUGAGGUAAGAACAUAGGCGGUUGCAGUUUUUGUUGGAGAAGCCAGUCUGACCACGAUGUUUACGCUGCCACAUCCCCGCCUUCCUCCAUGUUGAAUCAUGUUUUAAUGUCUUAAGAAACAUUUAUAUUUGUAACAUUUUAAGAUUCUUUGUAUCCUUAGAAACAUUAAACAAAGUCUAAAUGGUUAUGCACACUGUCCUUCCAUAGAACAUGUAAUGGAGUGUGGUACUAAAUGAUAACCACUUUGUUAUAUAAACUUUCUGAUUAAUCGUC